AUUGCAAUAGUUACGGAUUGAGGAUUACUAAUAGUGAACCUGUCUUAACGGAUAAGCCUCAAGGAUAAAGCUUCUCUUUGACCAGCCCCUCUGAGCUGAAUCAGAAGAAUAUACAGGAGGGAAAAGGGAAAGGGGCUGACUGUGGAGAUCCAUCAUUGACCAAUAAGAGAAUAAGAAUGUUUUUUGAGCAGUUUCGAGGCCAAAAACAAACUCCUGAAGGCAACAUGGAUACACAGUAUAUAUACGAACUUUUAGGAGAAAAUGCCUCGUACUACAUUGCAGCUUCCUUUGCUUUGUUGUGGAUUCUGGUAUGGCUAUACAGAGACAGCCUGGAGAUAGAGAACCUUUCUGACAAGUAUGUCUUCGUGACUGGCUGUGACACUGGGUUUGGCAAYCUUCUGUGCAAGAAGCUCGACCGUAGAGGUUUUCGAGUUCUGGCUGGCUGUCUCACAGAGAAGGGGGCUGAUGAUCUGAAAAGAGUGACGGGGCCUCACCUUAAGACGGUCUUGCUGGAUGUGACCAGUCAGAGCAGCAUCCAGGCAGCUAUGGAGUGGACCAAGAAGGAGGUUGGAGAUARAGGACUUUGGGGUAUUGUGAACAAUGCUGGGCGUUCUUUGCCCAUGGGUCCUUCGGAGUGGAUGCGAGUGGAGGAUUUCCACAGCACACUGAAAGUGAACAUGAAUGGAGUCAUUGCCAUGACUAUGRCCUUCCUGCCCCUCGUUAAAAAGGCCCCUGGACGUAUUGUAAAUGUGGCAUCUGUCCUCGGCAGGGUGGCUGCAAAUGGUGGCGGGUACUGCAUCUCCAAGUUUGCAGUGGAGAGUUUCUCUGACUGCUUGAGGAGAGAUAUAAGCUACUUUGGAAUCAAAGUGUGCAUCAUUGAGCCAGGGUUUUUCAAGACAGCAGUUACCAACCUUGAUCCCAUUGAGAGGGAGCUGCACCGUCUCUGGAAUCAACUCAGCCCCGAAGUAAAAGCAAGCUAUGGAGAGAAGUACCUGGAUAACUACAUCAAGAUCCAGCGUUUGAUCAUGAAUGCUGUGUGUGACUCGGACCUCACCAAGGUGACCAGCUGCAUGGAGCACGCUCUGACUGCGGCUCACCCACGCACUCGGUACAGCGCCGGCUGGGAUGCUAAGCUUCUCUGGAUCCCUCUGUCUUACAUGCCUUCCUUUGUGGUUGAUAUUGGACUAAAGCUGGUGCUGCCUCGUCCUUCCAAGAGUGUGUAACUCAUCAAUACUUAAAGAAAGAAUGGCUUCAGAGUGUUUAGCUUCAUUAUGUAAUUGUGCCUGAUGCAGUAGAACCUGCUGUCCAUAAUGAACGCUGUCCAUUUAAUAAUCAGAUUGUGCUUGUAUGUAUUUUGUGUAUAUUGUACUGUACAGUAGUAUAUCCAUAUAAGUUUGUAUAUUUGUGCAAUUUGUCAAUUAAGACUGGUCUAACCCUAAUGCUUUAAAGAGAAAAUAGUACUUAUUGCUUUUUUUGGUUUGUUUCUUGUCUAAGGUUAUUUCUUUUCAAUUUGUUAUUUUGCAGGUACGAGUAUCGGUACUUUCAGCAAACACAGCCUGAAUAAAGUUAUAUUAACUCCAGAGAAAUCUUAAGAACAAGCYCAGCUUUGAAUCAGUAACACAUCGUAUCAGUAAUAAGYACUGUCUGCAUACCGUGUUACAAUAAUCUGCAUUGUUGUGAUGGCUGCUAAACCUUGUUAAAAUUUAAAGUAGCCCUGGUCUCAACUUGUACACAAUUAUGAAACAAACCAAUUUCUUAAUUUUAAGAUCACAUUUGAUGAAGCCACAUCAACAGCUGCAUUUGGCAAACAAAACAACUAAAUGAAAAUUGCAUUAAAUUUUCAUGUUAAAUGCUACAUUAAUACCACACUAAGUACUUUGUUCACAGACACCCAUUAAUGAAAGAACAACAAAGUUAAAUUCAAUUAGGAAUUAUUUUUAUUGAGCUCCACUAAAAUCCCAUUCAUAAUCAUUAUGCCCAUUCAUAAUCAUCUCGUGAUGUUUUACCUUUUUUUUAGAAACAUCAUGAAUAAAGAGAUAAAAAUUUUAAUGUUUCUAAAUGAAAAGUUGCCUAAUUUAUGCCUCGUGUAUAAUAUCUCACUAUGACAAAACAAUACAAAGUAAAGUGAUACACUGUCACAAUAAAUUUUGACAAUUACUCGACUUGUUCGAUCAUUUUUAUUUACAGGUUUAUAUAUAUAUAAUUAAAGCUCGUCUUAAAACCCA